AUGCGGGACUAUACGUGUGCUCAGGUAGCGGACUGGCUAAAUGCCAUCGGCUUGGAACAGUACCAGGAGUCGUUUGUCAAAAACAACAUUUGCGGACGCCAUCUGCCAAUGCUCAAUCGUAAGUAUUUAAAAUACCUUGGCGUGGAUGUCCUUCACAAUCGCCUCAAAUUGCUGCGUGAAAUUGAGCAUCUGGAGUGGUCUACGAAGUUGCAUGUUUUGCGGUUCAUUGCUUGCAAUGGACAGACUCGCGCAGUCCAAACUACUGCUAAUCUGUAUGAAGCUUUAUGCCGCGCUCUCCGCAAAUUUGGAUUGCAGGACCCCGAAAAAUGGGGCGUUUGUGUCACUCAGAGCAGUCGCCUGGUUCACCUGACGCAAGAAGAUUUUGACGAGCUUUGUCGAGACCCUCGUCGUCCUGAACGCGAACGUCUCAUACUUAUAGACAAAAAUUCCACCGCCCCAUCUUUUGAAGAUCUGCGUCGGUCUUGGGAAAUUGAGGCUGCUCAGAAUGUCGGUUCUUUACCGUCUGGCAAGGGAGGUGGCGGAGGAAAUAGUCGCUCAGGAUCGAUGAAAACCAAUUCCAAGCUUCCCUUCUACAACCUGGCCUCUCUUGGUUGUAGUUUCAGCGAUUUGAAAUUCGAACGCUCUGGUGCUGGUUUUGGGUCCGGCGGCGUCAAACCUUUUCCUCGCAACGAACGCCCUCCCAGUGAGCUCAUUAGUUCUCGCAUAUCCGAUUUCUUUCCCGAUCAUCAGCCUCAGCUACUGGAGAAAACGCUCUCUAAUUCUUUUCGCAAAAGUGUACGUUCCAUAAACCAGAGCAUUUUUGAGUUUGGGAAGGAAAUUAAACCCAAGCCUCAACGGCACAGGCGAAUGUCAUCUGUUAAACGGCCGCCAUUGCCAACCGUGCCCGAUUUCCCUUCACCCGUAGAGGUGAAGGAAGCCGUUUCGUCAUCAUCUACUCUUUCAGCACCCAUUCCUGCAUCCUCCUCGCCCUCUGAUCGUAACUCUUCAUCUGCCGAUGUUCCCGUUGUAUCUCCGGACCCACAGUCGCUGAAAUUUCUCGAGUAUGGUUCGCCCAUGCCGUCGCCAACACUGACUGCCGGAAGCGACGACACUGUGGGAAAUGAAGAAGACAACGACGAAAGUACGAUCAAGUGGAUUCGGGGUGCAUUGAUUGGGGCAGGAUCUUUCGGUGAGGUGUAUUUGGGAAUGAAUGCAUUUAACGGUGAGUUAAUGGCUGUUAAGCAGGUUCGGCUUAACAAUAGUGACAGUCGUGCUCAAAACCGACAACGGGUUAUGCUAGAGGCAUUAAAAAGUGAGAUCGUUUUAUUAAAAAAUCUCUCUCACAAACACAUUGUCCAGUACCUGGGUUCAAAUGUCACGGGUGACUGUUUGAACAUUUUUCUAGAGUACGUACCUGGCGGUUCCGUUCACAGUUUGUUGGAAACGUAUGGAAAUUUUGAAGAGCCACUUGUGCGCAAUUUGGUUCCCCAAAUUCUCAGUGGACUUGAAUAUUUGCAUUCUCGCGACAUUAUUCACCGUGAUAUUAAAGGUGCAAAUAUUCUCAUUGAUAACAAGGGUCAAAUCAAAAUUUCUGACUUUGGUAUUUCGAAGAAGAUUGAGGACAACAUUCAGCAAACUGUGAACAACCGUUUUUCCUUCCAAGGAUCUGCUUUUUGGAUGGCUCCCGAAGUUGUUCAGCAGACCAAAUAUACCAAAAAAACUGAUAUCUGGUCGCUUGGUUGUUUAACCGUGGAAAUGCUUACUGGUAAGCAUCCGUAUCCCAAGUGUAACCAGACGCAAGCCAUUUUCCGAAUAGGAAAACUCAUUGCACCCGAUAUCCCUUCAACCAUUUCUGCCGAAGCAAAAGAUUUCUUGGCACAAACUUUUAUUGUUGAGUAUGAACGUCGUCCCAAUGCGUCUGAGCUUCUUAAGCAUCCCUUCGUCUGCAAAUCCUCCCAUUCUUCUUCCUCUUCUCUCUCGUCCGCUUCCUAA